AUGUCCGACUGGUGGACACAGCCCUCUACACCGGCCCGUGGGAGCGCCUUCACCCCCGCGAGGUCUGCGUCUUCCUCUCGCGCCCGCUUCAUCAACGAUGACGCCGACCCCUCCGCUGCCGACGCUCCAAAGUUUCUCCCAGCCUUCGCCGCCAGCCCAGCAGGCAAGCUCGUGAUGGGCACCUCCCCCGUCGCCGCCUCGUCUCCUCCCGCUCCCAAGCGUUCCCCGACUGCCCGGUUCUCCAUCUCGGUGGCCGACAGCGCGUCCUCACCACGCAACUCUCUGGCCCGCUCGCGCCCCGCCGCCCCCCAGGUUGAAGAGGACAUUAUCCCCACUGCGAGCUUACUCGAUGACGUGCCCAUGCGCGCUUCCCCCGCCGGCGGCGACGCCGUGUCGAGCGAGCUCCUGUCCACGCCUCCGGCACUUGACGCCGGGCCCGACACCACGACACUGCACGUCUUUGGCCCGCCAGUCGAGCACCUCCCUGCCCUCCGCCCAUACCUCGAGAACAUUGGGCCCGUCGUCUCGUACAGCCCCGGACCGGACGGCAGCAACUGGUGGACCGUGCAGUACGCCAACCCCCUGGCGGCGAGCUAUGCCCUCCGCCGCCACGGCGAGAUUGUGAGCGGGAGGUGGAUGCUGGGCUUCAAGGUCGCUGGACCCGGAAGCACCCAAGGUCUCACUCUUGUCAACGGUGUUGGAUCCGCCGCGACUUCGUCGACAGCGGCCAACGGCGGCGGCGCGGGAACCCCCGUCCAGCUCAUGAACGCCAACAUUAUCCGCUCAAAACCCAAGCCAGCAGUGGCCAAGGACGAGUACGCUUGGGAGGAGCCCGAGCAGCCCAACGGCAUUAUUGGCCGUGCCGCCGAGUUUAUCUUCGGCCGCUAG